CCUAAUGAUAGAUAGGCUUGGCCUUUACUCGUUAGCAUCAGACAUUGCGAGGGUGGUUUUUGGCUUGGGUUUUUUGCAUUCAUUUUUAUUUUUUGCAUUUUUCGUCUAUGCAGCGGAGCGGACCUCCCGAGCUCUUGUGCCGGAAGGAGAGCAGCUGCUAAACUCGCGUUUUUCCGAGUGGGGGCGCCGUUCCGCAAGCGGCUCCUUCCCGGAGCUUGAAUGCAGUAAGGAGGCGGUGAGGCUGCUGGGCGGGCCCAGCCGUCGCAGCUGAUGCUCUCUGAGGUCACCCGCUCGGCUCAUCCCCGCGUCCGCCACCGAGCGAGUCUUCUCGCCUAGCUGCUGCCACUGUUCUCGGCUUGGAGAAGGGGCUGAUCCGGGGCUGGAGAGCCGCGGUGGGGAUGGUGCUGCUUUUCCUUGCCCUUUCUAACCCCGAUGUACCUUCCUCUGGCCGGGGCGCUGCGGGCUCCUACCUGGGCUGGGCUGGGCAGGGCGCUUGAAGCCAACCGGGGCUCCGCAUGAUUUAAAAGCGAAAUAAGACGUCUGAAGCGAAUCCCGUCCAGGCUGCCUUUGUCUUUGGCCGGGAGCAUGUGGGUGAACCCGGAGGAGGUGCUGUUGGCAAACGCCCUGUGGAUCACGGAGAGGGCCAACCCUUACUUCAUCCUGCAGAGAAGAAAGGGGCACGGAGGAGAUGGAGGCAGCGGAGGGCUAGCUGGUCUUCUUGUGGGAACUCUUGAUGUUGUGCUGGAUUCAAGUGCAAGGGUAGCGCCAUAUCGAAUUCUUUACCAGGCUCCGGACUCUAUGAUAUAUUGGACUAUUGCCUGUGGUUGUUCAAGGAAAGAAAUAACUGAGCACUGGGAAUGGCUUGAACAGAAUUUACUACAAACUCUUUCGAUCUUUGAGAAUGAAAAUGACAUAAACACAUUUGUCAAAGGAAAAAUACAGGGCAUCAUUGCAGAAUUUAACAAAAUUAAUGGUAUCAAGGAGGAUGACGACACUGAAAAAUUUAAGGAAGCCAUAGUGAAAUUCCACAAACUGUUUGGGAUGCCGGAGGAAGAGAAGCUGGUGAAUUACUACUCCUGCAGUUACUGGAAAGGGAAGGUGCCUCGUCAGGGCUGGAUGUAUCUCAGCAUUAACCACCUCUGCUUUUAUUCCUUCCUCAUGGGACGGGAAGCCAAGCUAGUCAUCCGGUGGGUUGACAUCACCCAGCUUGAGAAGAAUGCGACUCUGCUUUUACCUGAUGUGAUCAAAGUUAGCACAAGGUCCAGUCAGCAUUUCUUUUCAGUCUUCCUCAACAUCAAUGAAACUUUUAAGCUAAUGGAACAACUUGCCAACAUAGCCAUGAGACAGCUCUUGGACAAUGAAGGCUUUGAGCAAGACAGGUCAUUGCCCAGACUUAAAAAGAAGUCCCCCAAAAAAGUAUCUGCACUAAAACGGGAUCUUGAUGCCAGAGCAAAGAGUGAAAGGUACCGUGCUUUGUUCCGGCUUCCGAAGGAUGAAAAGUUAGAUGGACAUACCGAUUGUACCCUCUGGACUCCAUUUAACAAAAUGCACAUCUUGGGUCAGAUGUUUGUGUCUACAAAUUACAUCUGUUUCACUAGCAAGGAAGAAAACCUGUGCAGCCUCAUCAUCCCUCUACGAGAGGUGACUAUUGUAGAAAAGGCUGACAGCUCUAGUGUAUUACCUAGCCCAUUGUCUAUUAGCACCAAAAAUCGAAUGACAUUUCUCUUUGCCAAUUUAAAAGACAGAGACUUUCUGGUUCAGAGAAUUUCUGAUUUUCUCCAGCAAACUACUUCCAAAAUAUACUCUGAAAAAGAGAUUUCUGGCAGUUACAACAGCUCAGAUGAUGAGGUAUAUUCAAGGACAAGUAGCAUUCUCUCCUCAAGCCCUCAAAGAAGCCUUAGUUCCGAAGCAGAUGGAGAGCGGCAGUUCAACCUGAAUGGCAACAGCAUCCCAACUGUAACCCAGGCACUAAUGACCAUGUACCGGAGGCGUUCACCUGAAGAAUUCAACCCUAAAUUAGCAAAAGAAUUUUUGAAAGAACAAGCUUGGAAGAUUCAUUUCGCAGAAUAUGGCCAAGGCAUCUGUAUGUAUCGGACUGAGAAAACAAGAGACCUUGUGCUGAAAGGUAUUCCGGAAAGCAUGAGAGGAGAACUCUGGCUACUCCUGUCAGGAGCUAUUAAUGAAAUGGCCACCCACGCUGGCUAUUAUGAAGACUUGGUGGAGAAGUCUAUGGGGAAAUACAAUCUCGCCACAGAAGAGAUUGAGAGGGAUUUGCACCGCUCUCUCCCAGAGCAUCCUGCAUUCCAGAAUGAGAUGGGUAUUGCUGCUCUGAGAAGAGUACUAACUGCUUAUGCAUUUAGAAAUCCAAACAUAGGAUACUGCCAGGCCAUGAAUAUUGUUACAUCGGUACUGCUUUUGUAUGCAAAGGAAGAGGAAGCAUUCUGGCUGCUUGUGGCUUUGUGUGAGCGCAUGCUGCCAGAUUACUACAACACGAGAGUUGUUGGAGCUCUGGUGGAUCAAGGUGUCUUUGAAGAGUUAGCUCGAGAUUAUGUUCCACAAUUAUAUGACUGUAUGCAGGACUUGGGGGUCAUCUCCACUAUAUCCCUUUCCUGGUUCCUCACACUCUUCCUCAGUGUAAUGCCCUUUGAAAGUGCCGUGGUUGUUGUGGACUGUUUCUUCUAUGAAGGCAUAAAGGUGAUAUUCCAGUUGGCACUGGCUGUGCUAGAUGCAAAUGUUGACAAGUUGCUGAAUUGUAAAGAUGACGGGGAAGCGAUGACAGUGCUUGGAAGGUAUUUGGACAGCGUGACCAAUAAGGACAGCACUCUGCCACCAAUUCCUCACCUUCACUCACUGCUCAGUGACGAUGUAGGGCCUUAUCCUGAGGUGGAUAUCUUCAGGCUCAUCAGAACUUCCUAUGAGAAAUUUGGAAGCAUACGGGCAGAUUUGAUUGAACAAAUGAGAUUCAAACAGAGAUUGAAGGUGAUCCAGACUCUAGAAGACACAACCAAACGCAAUGUGGUACGGACCAUAGUGACAGAAACCUCUUUUACAAUAGAUGAGCUGGAGGAACUCUAUGCCCUUUUCAAGGCAGAGCAUCUCACUAGCUGCUACUGGGGAGGCACCAGCAAUGCCACGGACCGCCAUGACCCAAGCUUGCCUUAUUUAGAACAGUACCGCAUUGACUUUGAGCAAUUCAAGGGCAUGUUUGCUCUCCUCUUUCCUUGGGCCUGUGGUACUCACUCUGAUGUUCUGGCGGCACGCUUGUUCAGAUUGUUGGAUGAAAACGGAGAUUCCUUAAUCAACUUUCGGGAAUUCGUCUCUGGACUAAGUGCAGCAUGCCAUGGAGAUCUUACAGAGAAGCUGAAGCUACUGUAUAAAAUGCAUGUUUUGCCUGACCCAUCCUCUGAUCAAGAAGAGCCGGAUUCUGCUUUUGAAGCAACACAGUACUUCUUUGAAGACAUCACACCAGAGUGUACACAUGUUGUUGGCGUAGAUGGCAGGAACAAACAUGGAGCAGAUGAGGGUUUCGUUAAUGUGAGUGUGAAAACUGAAAAAGGUAAGAAGAACUCUCAAGAUAAUAGAAACUACCUUAGAAUGUGGAGCCAAGAGAAUAAAGCCAAAGCAAAGAGUGCAAAGGACUUGCCCAAACUCAAUCAGGGGCAGUUUAUUGAAUUGUGCAAGACAAUGUAUAACAUGUUUAGUGAAGACCCCAAUGAGCAGGAUCUUUACCACGCUACUGCAGCUGUGACAAGUUUGCUUUUGGAGAUUGGGGAAGUUGGUAAGUUAUUUAGUGUGCAGCCUCUUAAGGAGGCAGAGAGUAGCAGCAAAGCCAUUCAGAACGCACUGCUUCAGAAGAAGGGAAGCCAGCAGUAUCACCUUGGACAACGUGACCCUUUUCAAGAUGGCUUCCUUGCGGAUGAGGAAGAGAAUAUUUGUGGUGAUGGCACACAGAUGGAGGACAUCAAGCUGGAAGAUUCUUCUCCUAGAGACAAUGGAGCUGGUUCUUCCAUGCUUAUUUCAGAUGACGAUACUAAAGACGACAGCUCCAUGUCUUCCUAUUCCGUCCUAAGUGCAGGCUCUCAUGAGGAAGACAAGUUGCAUUGUGAAGACAUCGGGGAGGACACGGUUUUAGUGCGAAGCAGCAACCCUUCUCUACCUAGAAGCAUGAGCAUCGACAGAGACUGGGCUAUCACCUUUGAGCAGUUUCUGGCUUCCCUCUUGACUGAACCUGCCCUGGUGCGGUAUUUCGACAAGCCAGUCUGUAUGAUGGCAAGGAUUACAAAUGCCAAGAAUGUGCGGAUGAUGGGCAAACCCAUAAUAUCUGCGAGUGACUACGAAAUCUCUGCUAUGUCAGGCUAAGUGGGCCCAGGUAGGGAGGGUUUUUAAAAAACUAUUUUUUGGUUUUUAUUACAUAUUUAUUACUGCCUGGCACAGGUCCUGGUGUUUUCAAAAGGUGGUAGUUCUUGCUUAUGUGAACAUGUUAUAUUGAACUUUCUCUCUCUGUGGGAAACAUUAUCAGAAUGCUUGUCUUAUCGUCAAUAUAUAGGGGGGGAGGGGAUCAUUGUCAGUGGUGGGUAUGUUAUUAGUAUUGCUAUCCAUGGAUAAAUGGUGACAAUUAGUACAAUUUUAAGUCUAGAAAUGAACAAAGUUUGUGUAUGUUUUAAAAACAGGCCUGAAAUCCUGGUAAGGAAGAAACUGGAAGAACUUAAAAGUGGCAGAAGCAUUGUGUGCUGCAGCGUGCACAUGGAGUUCCUUUGUCUUUGCCAUUCCCCUUGAGGGAGGUAGCACAAUGUUCACAUGCCUUUGGCUCACGCAGAGCUGCUUCCCUCACUUGCCGUGAAUGGGGAAGCAGAAGCUGCUGCAGGCAAGGAGCACCAUGUGUGCACUGGAACCCGAUGCCUGUUACGAGAUUAGUAGGCUGCGCUAAAAAUAGAAAGGGAUGCUGUCAACUUGUUUAGGACUCGAAAGUAAGUUCUGUGCAGCAUCCCUGGUGGAUGUCUCUUGAUAUAAUUUUUUUUUUUAAAAGAGAGGCCAGUGAUUCCUAAUACUUUUUAAAAUACAUUCUUCAGGGAUACCGCCAUGGACUUGCCUUGACACAUGCCAACAUCCUGACCUAAACAAUUCAUAGUACCCCUUUUAAAAAUGAGAGGGUUUUUAAUAAAAUUCUGUAGAUAAUUGUAUGUUGUUGAACAUUUUAAACCUAGUGUAUGGUAGAUUAAGAAUUCAUAGCUUAAGUCUUCAUUUUAAAGCAGUUAUUAGCAGGAAUGUAAUGGGGGGGAUUUGCAAGGAAAUGUAACUGAAUGUUUGAAAGUCUUAAUGAAAACACUGUCACUUUAUUAUAGAUGAAUAAUGUAUAAUGUAAUUUACUGAAUGAUACGUUGAAUGACAAAUGGAGCACCUGCACUUUGAAUCUUUGCUUCUUUUUCCAAAACAUUAAAUGGCGGCACAACUCACUUCCAUGGUGCACAUAUUUCCUUUGCUCAGAGGGUUCCAGGAGGCUCAAAGAGACCCACCCCCCUCCCCCGGCCAACCUCAAACACACUAUCUGUACGCAUGCCCGUGUCCAGGGGUGGGGCAAAGCUCUGUUGAUACUAUGGGAAUCCUCUGAAUGUGCCUGUGAUAGGACUGGAUUGUGCCUAAUAUUUUUUAAAUUUCUUAGGUGAUUAGGUCCAAAUCAUUCUUACAUGCCUGAACUAUAUUUGCUGCCUUCAAAAAAUCUUUCCACCUCCUUUUUGUUUUUUUAUAUAUUGUAUAUUAUGAUCAUGUAACUUUUCCAGGUGUAUUUUUUUUUUUUUUAGCCAAAGCCAUUGCUUUAAUUCAUAUUUAAGAUACUGAACUGUCUGACGUGGUUUUAGCCACAGUAGGUAAAUGUAAUCAAGGCUCUUUUUUGUUUUUUGAAAAAGAUAUUAAACUAUUAUCAGAUGGAAA